CUUAGACCACUCUUAUGUCGUCGUCGCUCUUUUCCACCUCGCUGCGCCAGGCGGCCCGACCCGCGCUGCGCCAACGGGUCCGGUUCAACUCGUCGCAGGCCGCCCCAGAGCAGAAGGCUCAGGAAGCUGUCAAGAACGCUCAGAAAAAUGCCAGCCAGGCGCUCGACUCGGCCAUGAAGACCCUGGGGCCGGCUGCGGCCAAGGCGGAGGCGUUCGCUACUUCUACGCUGCAGCGACUGGGCCCCGCCGGCAAAAAGGCAGCGGACUUCAUCGGACCUGCCCGGACUUCCUUCACCUACAACUUUGCCGUCUUCCGCGAAAUCGUGAAGCAGGUGUACCGCGCCGAGCUGACACCACCAAAAGACCUCGCCACCGUCCGUGCCGCGUACGAGACGUUGUACAAGCGCGCCAUCGACCCCACGUACUGGCGCGGAAUCAUCCAGAGCGGAGAAAUCGCGCGAGUGGGUGUGUACGCUGCCGAGGCGUACGGUAUCUACAAGGUGCAUUGGCGAGAUUAUUGGACGCAGGCAGCUUGUUGGGUACCCCUUACACUAGACCCGCUUCGUCGUGAAUCACAUAGAGUUGUCUACGACCCUGGUGUGAUGCCCUCAAGUGUCUUCGUCUAUGCUUAUCAUCAUAUGUAUGUUCCUCUGUUCUUUAGGUUCCCUGCCUGUGGAACUUCUGCUAUCUGCAAGCGGCUCUGAAGUACGUCGGCUGUCUCAGACAUCCAUAUCUCUCGUCGGGCCUGCAGUAAUGCAAACGGCUUCUUGCUCUGUCCUUGGACUGCUGCCAACUUCUUUGGGCUGGGAGAAGCAGCUCCACCUUCCUAGGCCAGAGUGUCACACACAAGCCGAAGUCCUUUGAUUGGAUGUGCAUUGAUGCUACGGAAUUUCUCUGUAGAAACGGGUGGAGACGACAAGGGUGUGAGGACAUGUAAUCUGCAAGAUCCCUCUUCAUAUCGUCAGCGAAU